AUUUAAGACACCAAUAUCUUACGUUUUUCUCUCUCUCUGUGUCUCUCUCUGAGCCAUGAGUCUGUCAGCUUCAAACGCCAUGACCAUUGUAGCCACAGCAGCAGCUCUAUCCUUGCCAAUAUCUUUUUGUAGACCGACCAAGCUUAGCACCAGGAAGGGUGUGAAAGGAGGAUUUCGGGUGUUUGCUGUCUUCGGAGAGGAAUCAGAGAUAGAGAAGAAGAAUGUUUGGAGCACACUCUUUGAUGUGGAGGAUCCGAGGUCGAAAUUUUCACAAUCUAAAGGCAAGUUCUUGGAUGCAAAUCAAGCAUGGGAAGUUGCUCGGUAUGAUAUACAGUACUGCGAUUGGCGAGCUCGACAAGAUGUGCUUGCAAUCAUGCUCCUCCAUGAAAAGGUUGUGGACGUUCUAAAUCCUCUUGCCCGAGAUUAUAAGUCUAUAGGUACCGUCAAGAAGGAGCUCGCGGAGUUGCAAGAAGAACUACGAGAGGCUCAUAGACAGGUUCAUAUAUCGGAAGCAAGGGUUUCCACAGCGUUAGAUAAAUUGGCUUACAUGGAAGAAUUAGUGAAUGAUAAGCUGUUACAAGAUAGAGCAACUACAUCUUCCGAGGAAGCAUCCCCUUCUCCCAGCGCUUCUACGCAAUCUCUAGAUUCUGUAAAACGGAAGCCGCCUCGAAAAAGCUUGAAUGUUUCAGGUCCAGUUCAAUCCUACCAUCCCCGAUUGAAGAAUUUUUGGUACCCUGUUGCCUUCACCACUGACCUGAAAGAUGAUACCAUGGUUCCACUUGAUUGCUUUGAGGAACCGUGGGUUCUCUUUCGUGGAAAUGACGGGAAACCUGGAUGUGUCCAAAAUACCUGCGCACAUAGAGCUUGCCCUCUUGACCUCGGUUCAGUAAAUGAGGGCCGUAUCACGUGUCCCUACCAUGGGUGGGAAUACUCAACCGAUGGAACAUGUGAAAAAAUGCCAUCUACGCGAUUACACAAAGUGAAGAUUAAGUCAUUGCCAUGUUUCGAGAAAGAUGGAAUGUUGUGGAUUUGGCCUGGUGAUGAUCCUCCGUCAGCCACUCUUCCUUCUUUACAACCUCCUGCAGGAUUUCAAAUCCACGCCGAGCUCGUCAUAGAACUCCCAGUGGAACAUGGGCUGCUUCUUGAUAACCUUUUAGAUCUCGCCCAUGCUCCUUUCACUCACACAUCAACCUUCGCCAAGGGAUGGAGUGUUCCAAGCUUCGUGAAAUUCUUGACACCUACGUCUGGCCUCCAAGGAUAUUGGGACCCUUAUCCUAUAGAUAUGGAAUUUCGACCACCUUGUAUGGUUAACUCAACCAUCGGGAUAUCAAAGCCGGGAAAACUAGAAGGGCAGAGUGCUAAACAGUGUUCCACACAUCUUCAUCAACUCCAUGUAUGCCUACCUUCUUCUAGAGGUAAAACAAGGUUGUUAUACAGAAUGUCACUAGAUUUUGCGCCCGUUCUGAAGCAUGUUCCCUUCAUGAACUUUGUGUGGAGGCAUUUUGCCGAACAGGUUUUGAACGAGGAUCUAAGGCUUGUCCUAGGCCAACAAGAGCGAAUGAACAACGGGGCAAAUGUCUGGAAUUGGCCGGUGACCUACGACAAGCUAGGAGUGAGGUAUAGGCAGUGGAGAGACGCCUUGGAACGAGGAGAUAAACAACUACCCUUCACCAAAUCAACUUAAACCCCGAAUCCAAAACAAGAAAUCCUUCUUUUGAAGAUGAAAAACUCAGGAACCAACCUGCUUGCUUGGACGGUCUCCUCCUGCACAAACUUGCAAAUAAAAUGAUCAUUCAAUAAGCCCUUGCAGUGUGGUAUUCCUUGGCUUAGACAACCAAAUCCAAGAGCGACGCGGCGGGAACUGUUUAUUGGUCUGAGGCAAAGAAGAAAAUAGUAUCUAGAAACAGCCUUGUACAAUUCAAGAGAAGAAACUGUGCACUACCUUUUUUUCCUUUCUUUUUUGUGUGCAGUGUUAAUAUCUUUUAUUUUCUUCUCCUUACAUGUCCUUGAUUUUGUUUCCUACUCUUAGAAUUUGGUGUUUUAGACCACCACCCAAUUACAUGUUGUUGUGUGCUGUACUUGUAUGAAAAACAUCACUCUCUUUAAUGAAAGUCAAUUACCCAAUUCUUACAA